CUAUCAUUGGUUCCCAUGCCCUAAAAUCUAAUAAUUUCCCACUCACAGUUGUAAUCUCACGCAUGCCCUCCUCCUCCUCCUGGAAAUAAGCUCUUGCCAUUCUCCUGGUCCUGGGCAUUAAAGUCCUUUCCACACUCGGACUAAGCACAACCAACUCACUUUUUUUGGCAUUUUCUCCUAAAAAGCCAAAACGCAUCACGUUUAUCUUGAUUAACCAGCAAUUAUAUCACUCUAAUCACCCACUCCCCACCCCCAUUCGCACAAUAUCCCAAAAGAUGAAGCUAUUAAUCCCCUUCCUUUUUGAUUAGCAGCAGCUCUUUCCAUGUGAACCCCUUGAAACUGUAACCUCCAUUUAAAUCCUGGGCCUGACCGCCUAGUACUUGUCGCCAUCUCCAUUUCCCAACCGUUACUCUCUUUCUUUCUCCCUCUCUCUCUCUCUCUCUCUCUCGCAAGCACAGAAGCCCUACAAAACAACAUGUCCAAUGAUUCUCAUUAGCAGAAGAUUUCUUUUACUUUGUAUUUUAAGAUGAAAAAUCUGAAGCAGAAAACCAUUCCGUUUCUGUUUUUCCUGUUGCUGCACUGUUCUACUCUGGCGCUAUGUCUUAGAGGAGACUCCGAGAUUUUGGUUCGGGUCAAGAAUGCCCGGCUGGACGACCCAAAUGGCAGCCUCAACGACUGGGUUUCAAACGGUGACAGUAAUUCCUGCAACUGGACCGGCGUCACUUGUGACUCUCAGAAACACUCGAUUAUUUCCAUUGACCUAUCCGGGUUGGAUAUCUACGGUGGGUUUCCGUAUGAUUUCUGUCGGAUUCGGACCCUCCAAAACCUCUCUCUCGGCAACAGUUUCUUCAACGGUACUCUCUCCUCUCAGCCCUUGUCUCUCUGCUCACACCUUCGCUUGCUGAACCUCUCCCUUAACUACUUCGUCGGAGAGGUGCCGGAAUUCUCGCCGGAUUUCACAGAAUUAGAAGUACUUGACCUAUCCUCGAACAAUUUCACUGGGAAUAUUCCGGUGAGCUUUGGCCGGUUCCAGGCGCUGAGAGUGCUCUCCCUGAGUAACAACUGUCUCAAUGGCUCGAUCCCUUCCUUCUUAGGCAAUCUCAGUGAGUUGACCAGGUUCGAACUCGCUUACAAUCAAUUCAAGCCCGGUCCCUUGCCUCCAGAGAUCGGAAACCUAACCAAGCUCGAGAAUUUAUUUCUUCCACGAUCGUACCUCGUCGGACACAUACCAGACUCGAUCGGAAAACUCGUUGAGCUAAAAAACCUAGACUUGUCCUCCAAUUCUCUUUCCGGUGAAAUUCCUAGCAGCAUCGGCGGAUUGAAAAGAGUAGAACAAAUCGAGCUCUACGAUAACCAAUUGUCUGGUGGAUUGCCCGAAAGCAUAGGGAAUCUGAGCUCUUUGCUCAGAAUAGACGUCUCUCAAAACAUUCUCACCGGUAAAUUGCCGGAAAAGAUCGCGGCAAUGCCUCUCGAUUCUCUGAAUCUCAACGACAACUUUUUCGAAGGCGAAGUUCCGGAGGUUUUAGCUUCGAAUGCGUAUCUGCAACAGUUGAAGCUCUUCAACAACAGCUUUUCCGGGAAACUACCGGAAAAUCUAGGCAAAAAUUCGGCCUUGGUGGAAUUUGAUGUUUCUACCAAUAAUUUCAAUGGUGAAUUGCCCAAGUAUCUCUGCGACAGAAAGAAGCUUCAGAUUCUAAUCGUAUUCAACAACCACUUCUCUGGAAGCUUACCUGAGUCGUACAGUGAAUGCGAUUCUCUCAAUUAUGUGAGGAUUAGAAACAACCAACUUUCCGGUGAAGUGCCGGACGGUUUUUGGAGUCUAUCACAGCUUUCGUUUCUUGAAAUGCAAGAUAAUAGACUCGAAGGCUCAAUUUCUCCAUUGAUUUCCCGUGCUCGUGGGCUCACUACGGUCUUGAUCUCUGGUAAUGAGUUUACUGGCGAAAUCCCGGCGAAUAUUUGCGAACUACAUAAUCUUUCAGUGAUCGAUGUGAGUAGAAACCAUUUUUCCGGCGAGCUUCCGACGUGUAUAACGGGAUUGAAGAAGUUACUGAAUCUCAGAAUGCAGGAGAACUCGUUCUCCGGGGAGAUUCCUAGUUCGGUGGAUUCGUGGACCGAGUUGAACGAGCUUAACCUAUCGAGAAACCGAUUCUACGGGACUAUUCCGCCUGGACUCGGGGAUUUACCGGUGUUAAAGUAUCUGGAUCUCUCCGGAAACUCGCUUACUGGGGAGAUUCCGGCUGAAAUUACGAAGCUGAAGCUGAACUUGUUCAACGUCUCCGACAACAAACUGUACGGUAAGGUACCUGUGGGUUUCGACAACGAGUUGUACCUCUCGAGUCUUUUGGGUAACCCGGGUCUCUGUAGCCCGUAUUUGAAGCCCCUGCCCCGAUGUUCGAGUCCCAGACCCAGGCGCAACACUUGGUAUCUUGCAGUUGUUCUAAGUCUCUGCGUAAUUCUUCUGCUGGGGUGUCUGUUUUGGUUCUUCAAACCGAAAUACCAAGCAUUUGGUCGCAAACCCAAACGCUCAUGGAAGGUAGUCUCAUUCCAAAGGGUCGAGUUAAUUGAGGAAGACAUUCUCUUAUCUUUAAAAGAAGAAAACUUGAUCGGAGCGGGUGGGACGGGUCGGGUCUACAGGGUGAGGCUCAAAACGGGUGAGAUUGUAGCAGUUAAGAGACUCUGGGGAGAUACCCAGAACCCGGAUUCGAAAGUGGUGUUCAAAUCCGAGGUUGAGUCGUUGGGUCGGAUCCGCCACCGUAACGUUUUAAGGUUGCUGUCCAGUUGCAGCGGCGACGAUCGGAGGAUUUUGGUGUUCGAGUACAUGGAGAAUGGGAGCUUGGGUGACGUGUUGCACGGAGAGAAGGGUGGAGGUUUAUUGGACUGGCCCAGGCGGUUCACUAUAGCACUGGGCGCGGCUCAGGGGCUGGCGUAUCUGCACCACGAUUGCUCGCCGGCUAUCGUGCACCGGGACGUGAAGAGUAACAAUAUACUGUUGGACGAGGAGUAUUUGCCACGUGUGGCGGACUUUGGGCUGGCUAAGACGCUGAAGCGUGACGUGGGGGAGGGUCCGGGUGCCAUGUCGCGCGUUGCUGGGUCGUGUGGCUACAUUGCGCCAGAAUAUGGUUACACUUUAAGAGUGACAGAGAAGAGUGAUGUCUAUAGCUUUGGCGUGGUGUUGUUGGAAUUGGUUACGGGUAAGAGGCCAAACGACGACUCCUUUGGUGACAACAAGGACAUAGUGAAGUGGGUUUCGGAGAUCGUUUUGUCGUCUCCGACGGAAGGAAGCGACAAUGGCAUCGGUUGUUGCGGAGAUCUAGACCAGCUUAUAGACCCUAGAAUGGACCCAUCUUCAUGCGAUUACGAGGAGAUUCGGAAGGUUUUGGAUGUGGCCCUUCUUUGCACCUCAGCAUUCCCCAUUAACAGGCCCUCCAUGCGAAAAGUGGUUGAAUUGCUCAAGGACAAUAAACUCUCUUCCAAAAUGAUCCUACAGUAACACAGUACUUCUUGUGGCGCUCAAGUUAUGUCUUCACAGUUGUGCUAAUAUGGCACUCGUUUGCGGGUUAAUGUAUAUACCUCAUGGAAAUUAGUUAAUGUGGAUUGUCAGAGUUUUGGUUCUAGUUUUAUGCACAGAAUUUGCAAAAUUUAUGCAAGAAAUCUUAUCAAAUAUCAAGUUAAGAAUUGAAUAAGCGCCGCAUGACAAUUACAUAGAUCUUACGACGUCUUCUCAUAGAUGUUUAUUUGAAACAAAGUCAUUGCAGGUCGCAUCCUGCCAUAAUGCGCUGCAUUUCUUUUCUUUUCCUUCUAUCUUUUUUCCCCAUCACAUUAAUUGCUUAGCUUAGAAGUCAAGGGUUCAUGUUGUGCAGAUCCUUAUCCUGUGCAGACUGCUUGACUC